AUACUGGAACUAAUUAGUUAAUACUAAAACUAAUUAGUUACAGAAAAAAUUAAUGAAAAGUUGAUGUGAUAGAGUUUGAAGAUGGAGAAUUUGGAGGUAACUCACCGUGAGAACCGUGCAACAAAAAACAAAGAAAGUGUUUAGUUGACAUGAGCACUUGAAACUUACUCCGUACUAAACUUCGAAUGUCAACUUACGUGCAACCCCCAACUGACACAAACACACAACUGAAUUCAAAAACCUACCCAAGUACGGAGUAUCAGUUUCUUUCAGAUUAAUGGCGGUAAAUUCAUCUUCUUCAAAUGAUCAUGAAUCGAUUGCUUUCUCAAUUUUUGAAACAAAUCCCUUCUUUCGUCACCAGAUACCCACUUCAAUGGAGGCCAAUUUCUCUCUCCUCCCUCCCAUUCCUUCAACCAUCUCCCAUGGAGUAUCACACCACCCUCCAAAGUGAAACACCCCAUCAAAUUAAAGCUUCAACCCCAGCUUACCUUCUUCUGGGUACCUGCAAAACCCCCUCCUCUCUCCAAAAAGUGCAUGCUUUACUCAUUGUCCAUGGCGUAGCUAAUGACCUGCUUUUCCUCACCAAAUUGGUGAGUUUGUAUGGUUCCUUUGGUCAAUUAAGGGUUGCACGUAAGGUGUUUGAUAAAAUACCAAACCCAGAUCUUUAUUCUUUCAAAGUUAUGAUUAGAUGGUAUUUUUUGAAUGAUUUGCAUUCUGAAACGAUUAUGUGCUACAGGUGUUUGAGGAAAUGCCUCAGAGAAACUGAUGAUAUUGUGUUCUCUAUUGUGUUGAAGGCUUGUUGUGAGUUGAGGGAUGUUGGUGAGGGGAGAAAGGUACAUUGCCAUAUUGUCAAGGCAGGGAGUCCUGAUAGUUUUGUGCUCACUAGUUUGGUGGAUGUGUAUGCUAAGUGUGGGGAGAUUGACUCUGCUCGGGGAGUUUUCGAAGAGAUAGAGGAUAGGAAUGUUGUUUCGUGGACUUCGUUGAUCACGGGUUACGUGCAGAAUGAUCUUCCUGAAGAGGGUUUGAUUUUGUUUAAUAAAAUGAGGGGAAGUCUUGUUGAUGGAAAUCCGUAUACAUUGGGGAGUUUGCUGACAGGUUGUGGAAAGUUGGGAGCUUUGCAUCAAGGGAAGUGGCUUCAUGGGUAUAUGUUUAAAGCUGGUAUCAAUCUGAAUUCCUUUUUGGCCACUGCACUUCUUGAUAUGUAUGUCAAAUGUGGGAGUGUUAAAGAUGCUCGUUCUGUAUUUGACGAGUUCUGUACUACUGAUGACCUAAUUCCUUGGACUGCUAUGAUAGUUGGGCACACUCAAUGUGGUCAGCCUAAUGAGGCCUUGAAGUUAUUUGCAGACAAGAGGCAAGCUAAUGUUUUGCCAAAUUCCAUGACAAUAGCUAAUGUACUCUCAGCUUGUUCUCAAAUCAGGGACUUGAGUAUGGGCAUGUCGGUUCACUGCCUUGCAACUGUGCAUGGUUUAGAAGAUGCUGAUGUCAAACACGCUCUCAUUGAUAUGUAUGCGAAAUGCAACCUGAUGAAAGAUUCUUGGUAUAUGUUCAAUACAAUAUACGACAAAAAUGUGAUUGCUUGGAAUUCAAUCAUUUCAGGGUAUGCUCAAAAUGGUUAUGCUCUUGAAGCCCUUAAACUCUUUCAUCAAAUGACUUUAGAAUCCGUAUCACCAGAUGCAGUGACUUUGGUCAGCGUCAUCUCUGCUUGUGCUUCUAUCAGUGCUGUUAAAGUUGGUUCUUCUUUACAUGCUGUUAUACUCAGGGAGGGUUUGUCAUCUGUUAACACCUAUGUUGGCACGGCACUUCUAAAUUUUUACGCCAAGUGUGGUGAUGUGAGAUGUGCACGUAAGGUUUUUGAUGAGAUGGGAGUGAAGAAUGAAGUAACCUGGAGUUCAAUGAUUAGGGGUUAUGGAAUGCAUGGUGAUGGUGAGGAAUCUGUUGCACUAUUCAACAAUAUGUUAAAGGAUAAUGUGGAGCUUAAUGAAGUCCAUGUUACUGUUCUUUUAUCAGCAUGUAGUCAUACAGGAAAUGUCGGGGAAGGAUGGAAAUACUUCUCUUCUAUCUGCCGGGAGCAUAACUUUGAACCCUCAAUGAAACAUUAUGCGUGUAUGGUGGACAUACUGGCUCGUGCAGGAAAAUUGGAAGAAGCCGUAGACAUCAUGGAGAAAAUGCCUAUUCAACCAGAUAUCAGUGUCCUAGGAGCAUUUGUUCAUGGUUGUAGCCUUCAUUCCCAGUUUGAACUAGGAGAAGCUGCAGCGCGGAGAAUGUUAGAGAUGCAUCCUAAUGAAGCUUGUUACUAUGUACUUUUGUACAAGUUGUAUGCUUCAGAUGGAAGAUGGGACAAGGCAAAUGAAAUAAGAAGUUUAAUGAAGGAAAGAGGGUUGAGCAAGUCACCUGGGUGGAGUUCCUCUGAUCGAGAUGGUGGUUAAUUGCAAUCAGCUUCCUAACUUACAAGUAUCCUCUCCUGGAUGAAGAUGGUAUUUAAUUUCUGCAGGAUUUCUGACUGAUUGUAAAAUGACUAAGAAUCUUUGAUGACAAUCUCUGAAGUUUGUUUGCCUCUGUCAGUAUCACCGGAAACCAUGUCGUAGUGUCAUGUUUGCAGUGCAGCUGCAUGUAGUAGAGUGAACCAUCUUCAUCCAGCUUUUAACCAUUUUCAGUCAAUUCCUCCAAUGUUUGCGUCAAACGUGUAGGGGGGUAAUUUCUUCUUCAAAUUUGACAUUUAGGUGAUUUUUUUGGACUAUCAUGGGCAAAGGGUUGUUGCCGAUGGGGAAAUAAUUAAAAUCAAAGUUUCAUUGGAAGACAAUGAAUUAGGCAGUUUCUUCUUUUCUAAAACUGUAAACAGUAGAGGAGGUUUCAGACAAUUACACUGGUGAAUUUAGUUAGUUAUGCUUCAACUUUUUGAAGGCUUGUUGAAACCAAUUACAUUUUCUUU